AUGUGGAUUUUGUCUGUAGAUGACACUUUAAGCCAGGGGACUCGCUUAUAUGAUCAGCUGAAACAGCCUGAAAGUCCUUUAUGCCUUUAUAAAAGUUUAUGUGCUGGAUUUCAUGCUUACGACCUUGUGGUCUUAGAAUGCUUGGCAGAAAUGACUGACUUGAGUUCAAUGGUGGUAGUUGAAUUUUACUGGCUUUUUAUUUCAUUGAGAUUUUCUUCCACAGAAUCAUGGCUAAAAGAUCUUAUUUCCCGAUUGCAGGCCAUCAAGGUCUUAUUUUGGCCCACGUAUUUCGGCCUAUUCAGCAUCGGUAAAAGUAAGACUCUUCGUUUCACUGUUCUUCACUUCUUCCAAGUUCCAACAACUUCGAGUGAUCGCAGACAAUGGUUCGAAUUCAAAGGGAAGCUUGGCGAAGAUGGAGAUCAUCACGAGUUUCUCUACGAUUGCCUAAGCUCUUCUCAAGUUGAAGAAAUUUUCCAAGACAUCAUUCAAAUUUCUAAUCUUCAAUUGAAGAUCACACACAGUUGUAGCGAGCUCCAGCCUCGUCUGGUGCCCUUCCGUAACGAUUCCAAAGCUAUUUCUGUAAUUAGAGCUUUGUCCGAAGCCAAGUCCUAUGCAUCAAAGGACCAGGUUCAGUACAAUAGGCCUUUAUCAUAUUACGUGUUGAGAGACUAUAUGCAAGUAGUAGAAAGAGAGGUUAAGGAAAAUUAUCACUUCUUAGGGUUUUCAGAGCCUAAUCAGUUUCAGCAGCUCUUAACUGACCUGAAACUCUUUCAAGAAGAUACGAUGCGGCUUUGUUGGGCUGGGAAAGAGCUCCUGAGGGAUAAAUUAUUGUCAGAAUAUAGUAUUGCCUGAACCUGUCUUUCACAGAUUGCGCUGAGGCUGCAGUCAACUGACUCACAUUUUGCUAAAUUUAAUGAGACUACCAUGAAGAAUUGAUCGGGGAAAAAUGGAGAAUCAAUUGAUGAAGGCACUCCUAACUGGACAUGCGUCGAAACAAGACUGAGGACAGAAUGUUGCAUCUUUGAAGCAUUGAGAGGUCUGAAGUCUGAAGUCCUUUUAGUUCCUACUUCUGAGGUUGGCAACUAUACAAGUGAAGUACCCACACACCUCAAGUUCCUAUAACAUUUUUAUACUGUGUGAUUGUUAUGUACAAGAAUACAUGUCAAGUAAGAUCCACUAUUUUUCAACCCAAAAAAUUGUUGAGAAAAGAGUAAGGGAACUUGGAUUUUAUGUAUUUCACUAAUGUAUUUUGGAUUUCUGAUUUGGAGCAAAUGUGAUAUAUCAGGGAUUGAGCUUAUCUCCCAAAACCUAAUGUAAUAUUUUUUUGAUAGCUCA